AUGUCGGGGAAAAUGACACUGUACAAGCUGGUGGUGCUAGGUGACGGAGGUGUUGGAAAGACAGCUCUGACAAUUCAGCUCUGUCUCAAUCACUUCGUCGAGACUUACGAUCCCACGAUUGAAGACUCUUAUCGAAAGCAAGUGGUCAUCGAUCAACAGUCAUGCAUGCUCGAAGUGCUGGACACCGCGGGCCAGGAAGAGUAUACAGCAUUGCGCGACCAGUGGAUCCGCGACGGCGAGGGCUUCGUGCUCGUUUACAGCAUUACAUCGAGGGCGUCCUUCUCCCGGAUCACCAAGUUCUACAACCAGAUCAAGAUGGUCAAAGAGUCUGCCAGCUCCGGUUCUCCAUCCGGCCCCAGUUACCUGAGCUCACCCAUCACUCCCACGUCUGGUGGACCUGCGCUGCCCGUGCCAGUCAUGUUGGUGGGUAACAAGAGUGACAAGGCUAUGGAAAGGGCGGUCUCCGCACAGGAGGGUCAGGCCUUGGCCAAGGAGCUUGGGUGCGAGUUCGUUGAAGCCUCCGCGAAGAACUGUAUCAAUGUGGAAAAGGCCUUUUAUGACGUGGUUCGCAUGCUGCGUCAACAGCGUCAAAACACACAGAACUCCAAGGGUCGCGGUGGCGGUGCCCAUGGCUCUUCCGGUCGAGAUCGCGAUGCGGGGCCCGAGUACCCCAAGUCCUUCCGUCCGGAUCGGCGACAUCGCAGUCGACUCAAUUGUGUGUUGCUGUGA